GUCGUCCGCGUCGUCGCGUUCAUCGCACAACGACGGGGAGAGUGAAGAUCGAGGCGUUGGGGACGAGAAGAAGGAAGGCAAUGGGGAGAGGGAGGGCGAGAAGGAAGGGCGGUAUGACGGGGAAGGGCCGGGAGGGGAUGUGAAGGGCAACGGUGGCGAGGAGUCGACAGGACUAGAUCCGCGGGGUGAUGGAGGCGAUGGCGGCAAGGAGGGGGGGAUGGCGGGUGGGGGGACUGGGCUGGGCGUGAACCUGGACUUUGACGAGGACGACGGUAGUGACUAUAACGAGUCAAGCGACGGCAAGGGAGGUGGAACGAGGAGUGAUAGAAGUGGAGAGGAGUGGAGAGGAAGCGAGGGGGGCGAAGGUGGGGAGCAGGAGCAUGCGAGUGGCGUGAAGCGGAAGGAGCGAGGCGCGGGAGUGGCAGCAGAGGGGGAUGAGCGGCCCGCCAAGCGGAUGGAGGUGGGCGGGGGAGGAGAGGCGGAGGGGCUGCUGGUGCGCGUGGUGGCGGACCACUACAGCCGGCGCGACAACCAGCAGCGCCACGAGCGCGAGGCGAGUCCCAUCAUCCACCUCAAGAAGCUCAACAACUGGAUCAAGUCCGUGCUCAUCCGCAUGCACACCCACCCCGCGCGUGGGGCGCGCGUGCUAGACCUUGCGUGCGGCAAGGGCGGCGACCUGACCAAGUGGGCGCGCGGGAACGUGGGCUUCUACCUGGGCGUGGACGUGGCGGAGGGCUCCGUGCACGACGCCAUGGCGCGCUACAACGGUGACUCGCACCGCGGGGGAGGUGGGGGGGAGGGGGGGGAUGGAGACAGGCGGCAGAUGCAGUUCCCGGCGAAGCUGGCGUGUGCGGACUGCUUCGGCGUGCCUCUGGACCGCGAGUUGCUGCCAUGGGCACCGUUUGACAUCUGCUCCACGCAGUUCGCUCUGCACUACUCCUUCGAGACCGAGCAGCGCGCGCGCUGCGGGCUGCGCAACAUUGCAGCGCUGCUGCGGCCGGGCGGCAUGUUCAUCGGCACCAUCCCCGACGCCAACGUGCUCGUGCACAAGCUGCGCGCCUCUCCGGACCUCAGGUUCGGCAACUCCGUCUACUCGAUCGAGUUUGCCUCGGAGUUUGAAGACAAUAAUUUCCCGUCCUCACGGCCGUACGGCAUCCGCUACGAGUUCCGGCUGGAGGACGCGGUGGACUGCCCCGAGUGGCUCGUGCCGUUCGCCUUCCUGCAGCGCCUGGCGGGCGAGUACGGGCUGCACGCGAUCUACCACGCCAACUUCCACUCCUUCAUCAAGACGCACGCCGCCGUGGAGCCGCACGCGUCGCUGCUGCGGCGCAUCGUGGGCGAGCGGUGGCGCGAGGAGAUGACGGCGGACGAGUGGGACGCCGCUUACCUCUACUGCGUGUUCGUCUUCCGCAAGGAGGGCCCAGGGGGGGCUGAGGGGGGUGGCGCUGUGGGGGAGAGGAGGGAGGAGGGUGCCCCCGUCGCGCACGCCACACGCGCCCCCAUGGACGCUUCUCCCCUCCGUCCUCGCGGCCGCUCCCCUCGCGCACUCUGUCUCCUCCUUGCCGCUCCGCUGCUCCUCCUCCUCCCCGCGCUCGCGUGCCUUAGCCCUACUCCCCCACUCGCCAUACUCCUUUCCUCCUUGUCCUUCGCCCUCCGCCCUCUCUCCGCUUGCUUCUCAUCUCCCCUUCCCCCGCCCCUGCCGCUGCUUCCCAUCCCCACGGCACGCCAGCUGACACGUCAGCGUGCUGAGCUGGCGGCGUUCUUCCACGUGGGCAUGAACACGUUCACGGACCGCGAGUGGGGCACAGGUGGUGAGGACCCGCGGCUGUUCAAUCUGGCGGCGCUCAACGCGACGCAGUGGGUCGACACCCUGGUGGUGCUGAUAGCGAAGCACCAUGACGGCUUCUGCCUGUGGCCCUCAGCGCUCACCAACCACUCCGUGCGCCACUCGCCCUGGAAGGCCGGCCGGGGGGACGUCGUUGCUGACGUGGCGGCAGCGGCGCGGGCGGCGGGUGUGGGGGUGGGGUUGUAUCUGUCGCCGUGGGACUGGCACGCGCGGGCGUAUGAGGAGAGCGUUGAGGCGCACAACGCCUUCUACGAGGGGCAGCUGCGCAAGCUGCUCACCCGGUGCGUGAGGGGGGGGAUGGGAGUGCUCGCGUGGUGGGGGGGGGGGGAGCAUUCACGCGCCCUCUUCACCCCGUACUUCCUAUUCACCCCGCACUUGCUCUUCACCCCGCACUUGCUCUUCACCCCGCACUUGCUCUUCACCCCGCACUUGCUCUUCACCCCGCACUUGCUCUUCACCCCGCACUUGCUCUUCACCCCGCACUUGCUCUUCACCCCGCACUUCCUCGCUGCUGACUCUAGCAACUCUAUUCCCCUUUUCUCCCUCCACCUCUCUGUCUGCUCCCCUGCAUCGUACCUCGCCUCCCUGUGUCACCUCUACGGGCCCGUGGCGGAGGUGUGGCUGGACGGCGCCAAGGGGGACCGCCGCCCCAUGACCUACCACACUGCCACGUGGCAGGCUCUCAUUCGCCAGCUGCAGCCGGCAGCGGCGGUGUUUUCAGCGCAGGGCCCCGACAUGCGGUGGGCGGGCAACGAGCGCGGCGAGGCGGGCGAGCCGUGCUGGGCCAUGUCCCAACCCAUGCCUUUCCAACCCAUCCACCCCGCCCGCAGCUACCUGAACCACGGUGAUGUGGCGGGCACGGAUUGGAUGCCAGCAGAGUGUGACGUGUCCAUCCGCCCGGGGUGGUUCUGGCACCCCUCGGAGCGCCCCAAGCCCCUCGCCCAUCUGCUGCACCUCUACUUGGCCUCGGUGGGGCGCGGGUGCUCGCUGCCGCUCAACGUGACGCCCAACACCACGGGCCUGCUGCACGGGGAGGACGUGCAGCGGGUGGGGCAGUUGGGCCGCGCGCUUCAAGUGCUGUUCCAGGAAGAGGUCAGCCCCGGUGCUCACGUGCACGCCAGUAGCGUGUAUGGCUGCGAGGAGGGACGAAGGCGGAGCGGGAAGGAGGAGAGGGAUGCUGGGAGGGGAGGGUUCGGGAGGGAGUUAUGGGGGUGGUGGGGGGGAUGGGCGCGAGGGAGUGGGUGUGAGUACAGGCCUGAGAAUGUGCUGAGUGCAGGGGAUGGCACCUUUUGGGCGGCUGAGGAUGGGGUGCUGUCUGCUACUCUCCAAUUCGACCUCGGGCAGGUGAAAACCUUUCAUGUGGUGCGUCUGGAGGAGCCUGUGGCGUACGGGCAGCGGAUAAAGUCGUUCACUGUGGAAGUGCUCGACCCGGACCCUACUGCUGCACGCGCCGCCACUCCAGCUGCCGCUGCGGCCCAAGUCAGUGCUGCUGGUGCUGGCGGGUGUGGGUCAGGCGGGUGUGGGUCAGGCGGGUGUGGGUCAGGCGGGUGCAAUGGCAGGGAUGGUGUGCUUCCCCCCCUGCCUGGUGUGCCGGGCGGGAGUGUGCACGUGGCCCACACACCGCAUGGCGCCCAGGGGGCAGUGCGCAGCAUGCUGGAGCGCACGGGGAGGGCGGGGAGAGCGGGCGAGUGGAGGGUGAUAGCGAGUGGCAGCACAGUGGGGCGCAAGAGGCUGUUUUGGGUGGGGGCAGUGAGAGCGCGGCAUGUGAGGGUGGUGAUUCACGAUGCGCGGGCUGCCCGCUGCUCUCCUACGUUGCACUCUACAGGAGUGGCGACCCGAGUCUGUCAUGGGAGCCCUAGUGCUGCUGUCAUGUGGGAUUGCACAUGGAGGAGCAAGCUGCAAGAGCCCACGCACACUCCCCUCGUCCGCCCCCGCGCACUCCCCUCGUCCGCCCACUCACACUCCCCUCGUCCGCCCCCGCGCACUCCCCGCGUUCGCCCACUCACACUCCCCUCGUCCGCCCCCGCGCACUCCCCGCGUUCGCCCACUCACACUCACCUCGUCCGCCCCCGCGCACUCCCCGCGUUCGCCCACUCACACUCCCCUCGUCCGCCCCCGCGCACUCCCCUCUUUCGCCCACGCUCACUCCCUUCCCGUCGGGCACGCGACGCUUCCUGCCAUUUCACACGCUCCCUCCAAGAGGUCGCCCACGCUCAUUCCCCUCCGUCACCCACGUCCAUUUCCCUCCGUGCUGGUUUAGUACCAGCAGCCCCAGUCCUUUCCCCCUUUGCGACCCGCAACUCCCUCUCCCCCCUGCUUCCCCGCCGUCUCCUCCCUGCUUCCCCUCCUUUCCUGGACUGCUUCCCCUAUUCCCCCCCCCCACCCCCCCUGCUUCCCAUCACGAAGCCUUACUCUCGUCUUCAUCCUAAACCCUCUCUGCCUUACGCCCAUCCUCCCCUCACUCGCACUCAUUCUUACACCCUUCUUCCGCCUCUCCCCUCACUGCCUUACACCCUUCUUCCAACUAUCCCCUCUCUACCUUACGCCCUGCUUCCCCCUUUCCCCUCGAUUCCCUACACCAUUAUUCCCUCUCUCCCCUCCCUGUCUUACACCCUUGUUCCCCCUUUCCCCUCUCUGCCUUACCCCCUUCUUCCCGUUCUCUGCCUUACGCCCUGCCUCCCCUUUUUCCCUCUCUUCCCUACAUCCUUCUCCCCCGUAUCCCCUCUCUGCCUUACGCCCUGCCUCCCCUUUUUCCCUCUCUGCCCUACAUCCUUCUCCCCCGUAUCCCCUCUCUGCCUUACCCCCUUCUUCCGCCUUUUCCCCCUCCCAGCCGUACGCCAUUCUCCCCCCAUUUCCCCUCUUCCAUACCCCCUUCUUCCCCCUUCCCCCUCUCUGCCUUACGCCCGUUUCCCCCCUUACGCCACUCUGCCUUACUCCCCUUCUUCCACCUUUUCCCUAUCUCCCUUGCUUCCUUCUUCCCCCUACCCUCUCACUGCCUUACACUCUUCUUCCCCCUUUCCCCUCUCUUCUUCCCUACACUCUUCUUCCCCACCUCCCCUCUCUGCCUUACUCCCUUCUUCCCCCUUUCCCUUCCCUCCGUACACCCUACUUCCCCCACCAUGCGUUCAGUUCCUUACACCGUGCUUCCCCUUUUUCCUCUCUUCCUUACACCCUACGAAACCCCUUUCCUCUCUCUGCCUUUCGCCCAUCCUCCCCCCAUUCCCUCACAUCCUUACACCCUUCAACCCCCACCAUGCGUUCUCUGCGUUACGCCCUUCAUCCCCUAUUCCCCACUCUGCCGGACCCCCUUAUUCCGCCUUUCCACCCUCUAUGCCUAGUACGCCCUUCAUCCCCCUUCUCCCAUCCUCCUUUUACCCUUCUUCCCCCUUAGCCCCUCUCUUCCCUACACCAUACUUCCCCCUUUCCCCGCUCUACCUUACACCCUUCUUCCCCCACCAAGCGUUCUCUCCCAAACGUCCUGCUAAACCCCUUUUCUAUCACUCCCCUACACCCUGCUUCCCCCUCUCCCCUUCUUCCGCCUUUCCACCCUCUCCGCCAUACGCCCUUCUACCCCCUUUUCCCCCUCUUCAUACGCCUUUCUUCCCCCCGUUCCCUCCCUUCCUUACACCCAAAAUCCCUAGAGCUACUCUGCCAUACUCCCUUCUUCCCCCUCUCGCUACUACCUCCAUGCUCCCUUACGCUACCCGCACCUCCCCCUCUCCCUUCUUCUCGCCUUUCCCUCGCUGCCCACACUUAUCUUCCAUGUAUCCCCUCUCUGUCUUACACACUCCUCUUGCCCCUACCCUCUCUCUGCCAUCCACACUUAUUCCCCCUAUCCCCUCUUGGCCUUACCCCCGAUCUUCCACCUUUCCACCUCUCCGCCCUACACCCUUCUCCCCCCUUUUCCUCCCUUUCUACGCCCUUCUUCCCCCUUUCCCGUCUCUGCCUGGUUCCGCCCUUCUUCCCCCCCCCCUGUCCUCUCCGCGCCUCCCCUCCGUCCCCCCCAUGCAUCCACGCCGUCCCCCCCAUGCAUCCACGCCGUCCCCCCCGUGCAUCCACUCCGCGCCGGGGGCGGCGGCGCUGAUGGACUCCGCGGACCCGCGCGUGGCGGCGCUGGCGCGCGCGCAGCAGCGGAAGAAGGGGAAGAGCAAGUGGGGUGACACUGCGUUCGGGGGCGUGGAGGACGUGGCGCGCGCCGAGGAGGACUUCCAGAAACGGUUCACUGGGCAAGCGGUGCUGGCAGUGCUGGCGGUGGGGAGGGGGGAGUAUUGGCAGUGGGGAGGAAGGAGUGCCGGCGAGGAGGAGGAGGGGGAGGCGAUGGAGCCGUUCAACCUGCAGCAGGAGCGCGAGGAGGGGUACUUCGAUGCGGAGGGCAACUACGUGGAGUACAGAGAGGACACCGAGGCCACGCACGGCAGCACCACGCACCCUGGCAGUGGUGUGGCCCCUCUCAUGCCCUCCUCCCCUCUCCCCGUUUCCUCUCUCCCCCCAUCCUCUCACACUCCCUCCCCCCCUUGCAGGAUGGCUGGCGGCAGCAGCAGUGGAUCCCACGCUGGCGGCCAAGGCAGCAGCGCGCACAGGCAGCAGCGCGCACAGGCAGCAGCGCGACCCCUUCACAUUCUCACCUCCCAUCUUCCCCGCCUCUCCUUUGCCCAUCUCCCUCUUCCCCCUGCCACGACGCAUGGCUGGCAACAGCAGAGGUGGACCCCACCCAGGCCGCCAAGGCAGCAGCACCACCCCUCCACGCAUACUCACUCCAGCACGAGCCUGGAGGACGGCAGCGACGCCGACGACUGGGAGGAGCCCGCCCGCCACGCCGCCAACGGCGCCGCGGAGGCGACCGGCAACGACUCCGCUGAAGCCGCCGACGGGGAGAGUGAAGAUCGAGGCGCUGGGGACGAGAGGAGGGAAGGCAAUGGGGAGAGAGAGGAGGAGAAGGAAGGCGGGUAUGACGGUGAAGGGAUGGGAGGGGAUGUGAAGGGCAGCGGUGGCGAGGAGUCGACGGGACGAGACCCGCGGGGUGAUGGCGGCAAGGAGGGGGGAACGGGGGAUGGGGGAACUGGGCUGGGCGUGAACCUGGACUUUGAUGAGGACGACGGGAGUGACUAUAACGAGUCUAGUGACGGUGAGGGGGGCGGGACGGGGAGUGACAGAAGCGGAGAGGAGUGGAGAGGAAGCGAGGGGGGGGAGGGGGGUGAGGGGGGGGAGCAGGAGCAUGCGAGUGGCGUGAAGCGGAAGGAGCGAGGCGCGGGCGAGGCAGCAGAGGGGGAUGAGCGGCCGGCGAAGCGGAUGGAGGCAGGUGAGGGCGGGGGGGCCGAGGCGAAGGGGCUGCUGGUGCGCGUGGUGGCGGACCACUACAGCCGGCGCGACAACCAGCAGCGCCACGAGCGCGAGGCGAGUCCCAUCAUCCACCUCAAGAAGCUCAACAACUGGAUCAAGUCCGUGCUCAUCCGCAUGCACACCCACCCCGCCCGCGGUGCGCGCGUGCUGGACCUGGCGUGCGGCAAGGGCGGCGACCUGACCAAGUGGGCGCGCGUGAACGUGGGCUUCUACCUCGGAGUGGACGUGGCGGAGGGCUCCGUGCACGACGCCAUGGCGCGCUACAACGGCGACUCGCACCGCGGGGGAGGUGGGGGGGAGGGGGGGGACGGCGACAGGCGGCAGAUGCGGUUCCCGGCGAAGCUGGCGUGUGCGGACUGCUUCGGCGUGGCGUUGGACCGCGAGUUGCUGCCGUGGGCGCCGUUUGACAUCUGCUCCACGCAGUUUGCCCUGCACUACUCCUUCGAGACCGAGCAGCGUGCACGCUGCGGGCUGCGCAACAUUGCAGCGCUGCUGCGGCCGGGCGGCAUGUUCAUCGGCACCAUCCCCGACGCCAACGUGCUCGUUCAGAAGCUGCGCGCCUCGCCGGACCUCAGGUUCGGCAACUCUGUCUACUCGAUAGAGUUUGCCUCGGAGUUUGCCUCGAAGAAGUUCCCCUCGGCGCGGCCGUACGGCAUCCGCUACGAGUUCCGGCUGGAGGACGCGGUGGACUGCCCCGAGUGGCUCGUGCCGUUUGCCUUCCUGCAGCGCCUGGCGGGCGAGUACGGGCUGCACGCGAUCUACCACGCCAACUUCCACUCCUUCAUCAAGACGCACGCCGCCGUGGAGCCGCACGCGUCGCUGCUGCGGCGCAUCGUGGGCGAGCGGUGGCGCGAGGAGAUGACGGCGGACGAGUGGGACGCCGCUUACCUCUACUGCGUGUUCGUCUUCCGCAAGGAGGGCCCAGGGGGGGCUGAGGGGGGUGGCGCUGUGGGGGAGAGGAGGGAGGAGUUCCGCCGUUGCCGUUACCGUUGCCUCAGCAACAGGGUGUCCCCUUCACUCACGCCACGCGCGCCCCCAUGGACGCUUCUCCCCUCCGUCCCCGCGAUCGCACCCCUCGCGCGCGCUGGCUUCUCCUUGCUGCUCCGCUGCUCCUCCUCCUCCCCGCGCUCGCAUGUCUUCGUCCUCCUCCACUCGCCUCGCUCCCUUUCCUCCCUGUCUUUCGCCCUCCCACAUCUAUCCGCGUGCUUCUCCUCUCCCCUUCCUCCGCCCCCGCCGCUGCUUCCCAUCCCCACGGCGCGCCAGCUAACACGUCAGCGUGCCGAGCUGGCGGCGUUCUUCCACGUGGGCAUGAACACGUUCACGGACCGCGAGUGGGGCACGGGCGGCGAGGACCCGCGGCUGUUCAACCCGGCGGCGCUCAACGCGACGCAGUGGGUCGACACCGUCAAGGCCGCCGGCUUCCAGGUGCGCGCAACGCGCCGGGCCUUGAGCCCACCCAAGCUUCACAGCCCCUCCGCGCCUUCAUCGUCUCUGCGCUGCUCCUCAACCCUCUCAACCAUCAUGCUCCUCUCACCCCUCUCAACCAUCAUGCUCCUCUCACCCCUCUCAACUAUCAUGCUCCUCUCACCCCUCUCAACCAUCAUGCUCCUCUCACCCCUCUCAACCAUCAUGCUCCUCUCACCCCUCUCAACCAUCAUGCUCCUCUCACCCCUCUCAACCAUCAUGCUCCUCUCACCCCUCUCAACCAUCAUGCUCCUCUCACCCCUCUCAACCAUCAUGCUCCUCUCACCCCUCUCAACCAUCAUGCUCCUCUCACCCCUCUCAACCAUCAUGCUCCUCUCACCCCUCAACCAUCAUGCUCCUCUCAACCAUCAUGCUCCUCUCACCCCUCUCGCCCCGCGUCCCUUCCCCAACCCCAACCCCCCAGCUGGUGAGCAUUCACGCGCCCUCUUCACCCCGUACUUCCUCUUCACCCCGCACUUGCUCUUCACCCCGCACUUGCUCUUCACCCCGCACUUGUUCUUCACCCCGCACUUGCUCUUCACCCCGCACUUGCUCUUCACCCCGCACUUGCUCUUCACCCCGCACUUGCUCUUCAUCCCGCACUUGCUCUUCACCCCGCACUUGCUCUUCACCCCGCACUUCCUCGCUGCUGACUCUAGCAACUCCAUUCCCCUUUUCUCCCUCCACCUCUCUGUCUGCUCCCCUGCAUCGUACCUCGCCUCCCUGUGUCACCUCUACGGGCCCGUGGCGGAGGUGUGGCUGGACGGCGCCAAGGGGGACCGCCGCCCCAUGACCUACCACACUGCCACGUGGCAGGCUCUCAUUCGCCAGCUGCAGCCGGCAGCGGCGGUGUUUUCAGCGCAGGGCCCCGACAUGCGGUGGGCGGGCAACGAGCGCGGCGAGGCGGGCGAGCCGUGCUGGGCCAUGUCCCAACCCAUGCCUUUCCAACCCAUCCACCCCGCCCGCAGCUACCUGAACCACGGUGAUGUGGCGGGCACGGAUUGGAUGCCAGCAGAGUGUGACGUGUCCAUCCGCCCGGGGUGGUUCUGGCACCCCUCGGAGCGCCCCAAGCCCCUCGCCCACCUGCUGCACCUCUACUUGGCCUCGGUGGGGCGCGGGUGCUCGCUGCUGCUCAACGUGCCGCCCAACACCACGGGCCUGCUGCACGGCGAGGACGUGGAGCGGGUGGGGCAGUUGGGCCGCGCGCUGCAAGUGCUGUUCCAGGAGGAGGUCAGCGCUGCUGCUCGCGUACACGCCAGCAGCGUGUAUGGCUGCGGGGGGGGAUGGAGGCGGAAGGAAGAGGAGGAGAGGGAUCUACGAAAGGAAUGGUUUGGUUUGGGGUUAUGGGGAUGGUGGGGGGGUUGGGGGCGAGGGAGUGGGUGUGAGUACAGGCCUGAGAAUGUGCUGAGUGCAGGGGAUGGCACCUUUUGGGCGGCUGAGGAUGGGGUGCUGUCUGCUACUCUCCAGUUCGACCUCGGGCAGGUGAAAACCUUUCAUGUGGUUCGGCUGGAGGAGCCUGUGGCGUACGGGCAGAGAGUAAAAUCGUUCACAGUGGAGGUGCUCGACCCGGACCCUGCUGCUGCAGCCGCCGCCGCCAUUCCAGCUGCCCCUGCUGCCGACGGUGGUGGUGCUGGUGCUGGCGGGUGUGGGCCAGGCGGGUGCAAUGGCGGGGAUGGUGUGCUGCCGUCCCUGCCUGGUGUGCCGGGCCUGGGAGAGAAUGCGCUCCACACACUGCAUGGCGCCCAGGGGGCAGCACGCAGCAUGCAGGAGAGGACGGGGAGUGCUGGGAGGGCGGGCGAGUGGAGGGUGGUGGCGAGGGGCAGCACUGUGGGGCAUAAGAGGCUGUUUCGGUUGGAAGCAGUGAGCGCGCGGCAUGUGAGGCUUGUCAUUCACGACGCCAGGGCUGCCCCGCUGCUCUCCUUCUUUGCGCUCUACAGGAGCGGUGAUUGGAGCACCAUAUGA